CAGGUGCGCCGGCCCCCGCGGGGAGGAGCGCGGCCAGGUGCUGCCAGGUAGCUGCCUUCUCGGGUUCUCACCGCUCUACUCUGCGGCCUCCCGGGAUCCAGGCAGCACUCGCGUCGCGCGUCCCGGGGCCGGCCAGGGCGCCCCCUCCGCGAACCCCAGGCUCUUUCUCGGCCCGAGCGAGGGGGCCCUUCCCGUCCUGCGGAGAGCAAGGCGCGGAUUCGCGGGGCGCCAAGACCGAGGGUCUGGCGGUCGCAGGGACGGCCGAAGCACGGGACUCCAGCCCGGCUGUUGCUGGAACAUGCGCCCGGAGCUGCAGUUUGUUUGACAGUUGCCAGACUAUGUUUCCACUCCUGGUGCUACUCAGCCAACUGCCCGCAGUUACCUUCGCGUUUCCUCAUUGCACAAGAAGUCCGGAGGAGUCUAGGCAUGCGAGAGAAGAAGUUUUUACAUCAAAAGAAGAAGCAAACCUGUUCAUACAUAGACACCUCCUAUAUAAUAGAUUUGAUUUGGAGCUCUUCACUCCCGGUGACCUAGAAAGAGAAUGCACAGAAGAACUUUGUAAUUAUGAGGAAGCCAGAGAGAUAUUUGUGGAUGAAGAUAAAACGAAGAAAUUUUGGCAAGAAUAUUCAAUUAGAGGACCAACCACAAAAUCAGAUGCUAACAGAGAGAAAAUCGACGCUAUGGGCCUUCUGACUGGAUUAAUUGCUGCUGGAGUAUUUUUGGUUAUUUUGGGAUUAGUUGGUUACUAUCUUUGUAUCACCAAGUGUCACAGGCAACAGUAUCCAGGUUCUUCAGAUACCUACGUAAGAAGGGGCAGACACACUCCUUCCAUCAUCUUCAGAAGACCAGAGGAGACUGUCUUGUCUCCAUCGCCACCUUCAUUGGAAGAUACAGGAUUACCUUCUUAUGAACAGGCAGUGGCAUUGACCAGAAAACAGAGUGUUUCACCACCACCACCUUAUCCUGGGCCAGCAAAUGAUUUUAGGGUAUUUAAAAAAUCUAUGUCACUCCCAUCUCACUAAGCCCUCAUUGUCUUGGUGAUAUAGGACAUUCACAUUAUUUAAGUGGUUCUUUUCCCUGAACCAAAAAAGACAGGUCAGUUCAGCUGUUUAUGACAAGCUGUAGGGAGUAAGGAGAAAUGAGCAUGUGUUCUCUGCCCCUGGAGUUCUGUCAGCAUCUUUAACCUGAAUUGGAUAAUCAGCUGGAUAAGGAAUUUUGUGUCCUUGCAAGUGAAGAAGAGAGCAUUGUUCUGUUCAAAAGAAUGUUAUGGAUGUCACAGCUAAAACUGGUGAACUGUCUGUAUCCUUUGUACAGAAAAAGAUUGUAGAUUUGUUGUUGUUGUGUUAGUUGCUCAGUUAUGUCCCACUCUUUGCGACCCUAUGGACUGUAGUCUGCCAGGCUUCUCUGUCCAUGGAAUUCUUCAGGCAAGAAUACUGGAGUGGGUAACCAUUCCCUUCUCUAGGGGUUCUCCCAGAUCCAGGGAUCGACCCAGGGUCUCCUGCAUUGCAGGCAGAUUCUUUACUGUCUGAGCCACCAGGGAAGCCCCAUAGAUUUAUUGUAUUGAAUACUAAAAAAAAAAGAAAAAGAAUUUCUAAUUAUUAGAUUAUUCCAAGUUAUAAUAUUGGAUCUACUCUUUUAGGAUUUCUUUUUGGUCGGCAAUACUUCACAGAAUCUGACAUUUAAAUAUAAAUCAAUAACCUUAAUGAAAUCAGGUUUUUAUCUUAAAUUAUUGCAUAGCAUUUACUGUAUUUUGCACAUUUUAGUCAUGAACUGUUCCUAUCAGGCAUACUUUAUUAUGUGUGUGGGGGGGGGCGCAGUCAAUAGUUUUCUUUAAAAAAUAAACACUAGGGAGUUACUUCUUCAGAGGGAGCAUGGUUGCAAUGGCAAGGAUUUGCAAGGGUUGUUAUACCACGAAGUAAAUUAUAGGCCUCAAAUCUAGGAGUGGAGCUUGAUAAAUUUGUGCAUAUUACCGACGAGUAGACAUACCUAUUUUCAUUGCUAAGUUAUCUGUAUCUGACUAUGCAUAACUAUUAAUCUGGAAAAUUUGUCAAAGUUUAUAAAUAAUAGUUUGAGAACCUAGAAGUAACUUACUUUUCUGCUAUCAAAAUAAUAUUGAUUAAAGUUACCAGCAAUCCCUUGUAUCUUUUAAUGUCUGGACACAGAAGAUCAUAGGUAAUAAUUUUGACCUAUAGUUUGUAUCUUCUAAUUCUGUAUGUGACCAAUCUCCCCUUACAAACAUAAUAGAAUAUAAGCUAUAAACUUCUGAAAUGAAUGUGUGUGCACAAAUUUAUUUGAAUUUAUGUGUAUGUGAAUUUGUUUCCUCUUUGCAGGAACUCAAAAAAUAACAUACUCCUAAAAAAUAGAAAAUUCUGUUCUUUAUGUUUUUGCCAGGCAUUGCUUUUUUCUAUGUGAUACCAUUUAUAAAAUUCUAUUUUGUUUUAUAAUUUUUAGAGAGAUGAGAUUAAAACUCACAGGCAUUUGGUAGGUCCUUCCAAAUUAAUUGCUGAAAAAGUAUAAAUCAUAUUACACUGUGUUUGAGUGUAUGUCUCGCUUUUAAGACAGUGUGAUCUUAAUGCAGAUGAAAGAAAGAUCUUAAUCAUUACAGACUGCUAAAGACCUUACCUUUGAUAUUUUCAGAGUCUCUUUGGUUACUUGUUGCAAAGAAAUCAUCUGGCAAAAUUUGUUGUUGUUGUUUGGUGUUUGGUUUUGUUUUAAAUUAAUCUUUAUUGGAGCAUUAUAGUUGCUUUACAGUGUUGUUUCAGUUAACCAUAUAUAUAUAUACACAUAUAUAUAUAAUCAUAUGUAUCAUAUAUAUAUAUGAGUCAGCCAUACAUAUAUAUGUAUCCCUUCCCUUUUGAACUUCUUUCCCUUUCAGGUCACCACAGUACAUUAAGUAGACUUCUCCUACAGUGUUCUCAUUAGUUAUCUAUUUUAUACAUAGUAACAUUUAGAUACAAUUAGGAAAAGUGGUCUCUUUAAUGCCACCUACAUAACCUAUAAAAAUUUUACUAUUAGUCAUAUGUUGGCUUUACACAAGCACUUUUCCUCAUGUAACUUUACCCUUAUUUUAAUCCUCUUUAAAAGGUCAGAGGCAGGACUUCCCUGGUGACCUAGUAGUUAAGACUCUGCACUUGCAAUGCAAGGGGCGUGGGUUUGAUUCCUUGGCAGGGAACUAAGAUUCCACGUGUCACACAGCCAAUAAAUAAAUAAAGCAAGCAAGCACCUAAUGCUGUUUCUGAGGCUAAUUAGGAAACAUUAAAAAAAAAAAGAUUGGAAGCAAACUCUUAUCAUUUUAGCAAUCACUCUAAGGCAUGCAAGGAUAAUUUGCCCCAAAUCUAACGUGUUGGUAAAAGCUAGGUUUAGAAUGAGCAAGCACAUUUUUCUCAGCCCCAUCUUAUACCUAUAGAAUUACACUGUCUCAAAUUAUAAAGUAUAAAUAAUUCUAAGUCUGUAUGAGAAAUGUAUAGACAUUUGUCAUUUAUACAUAAAUGUAUAUAAGAACAUAUAUUACAUAUCUGUAUUUUCUCACACAUGUGUUUCUUAGGAUGGAUAAAAAUAUAAGAUAAAAGAUUUAUCUUUUAUUGAAUCACAAUCUGAAAUACUCCAUGAACUUGUUUACUCCAGUUGACUCCCAGAAAUCUUGCUGUAAAUCCAGCUUCAGGGCCUGUGACAACCCGUCACCCAGCAGCAGCAUGGAUUUGUCAUAUGCCAUCACUUACUGUAAAACUAUUGCUCUAACCUGAACAAAUCUGGAAUUCAUCAAGAUUAUGAAAUAAGGGGUGUUUGUAGAGAAUCCAGUGUUGAGAAUCCAAUCCAUAAUACUUUAAAUAUAAAGCAGAAAAUGUGAUAGAAUCAUAACCAACAAAUAUUUAUGAUAAUUAAAAGGAAAAUAUUAAUAUAAAAUUAUUAAUAUUUUAAUAUUAAUGAACAUGUAUUUCUGUCCCAUUCUCCCUUUUCUAUUCCUGUUGUAUUUUUGGUAGUGGGUUUUUUGGUUUGAUUAAUUUGUUUUUGUUUGUGCUUCUUCCUUGAGUAACUGGUUAGUGUUAACCAUUAAAUCUAUCUUGACACAAAACUUUAUAAUUGAUUAGACAGUUUUCCCCUCUAUUACAAUCAGGAAAUGAAUGUAAUAUGGGUAUGAAAAGGGAAAAGAAAAGGGAAAGUCACACAGUCGUGUCUGACUCUUUGCGACCCCGAUUGUAGCCUUCCAGGCUCCUGUGUUCAUAGAAUUUUCCAGACAAGAAUACUGGAGUGGGUUGCCAUUUCCUUCUCCAAGAGAUCUUCCCAACCCAGGGAUCAAACCAGGUCUUCCUCAUUGCAGGUAGAUUCUUUAUCAUCUGAGCCACCAGGAAUAAGACUAGAAAAAGACAGAUACACAUUUACGGGGUUUUGCCUUCAAUAGGAUAGAUAAUUCUACACAGAAUAUUCUCUUUUUAAGAUGAAAAAAAAUCAAAGAGAGCACAAACUAUGUGUCAGAGUUUUGCAUCCAUUAAUAUUAUGCCCUCUGAGUGAAUACACAGUGAAAAUCCUCAGAACAAUUAAGAGCUAGAGCAAUGGUGUUCUCUGUAUCUGGUUUCCUGUUUGCCUAUAAAAUUCUAACAAUUUUUUUCUAUUUCUCAGAUAAGUUAUGUGUAUGUGUACUUUUCCUAUACAUAAAAGUGAAUUUUUUAAUGAGAAGAAGUUUGUCAGUGCUGUUUGAAAGCUUAAUUUCAUAUUAUUCAUACUGUUUUUUAUUCUAACUGAAUGUGAAAUAAGUUUGUAUUAGUUACUGGUUGAUUUGAAAUAUUGUAUGUGGCAUUUAUACUACUAGAAGAAUGUCUAGAUUUCUGUAAUUUUUUAAAAACUAGAUUCUUUUGUAAAUCCUGCCUGUGUAGCAUUUUGGAACAUGUGUGACAUAUAUUGAUACCUUUAACCUUCCGUAUUGUAUCUCCUUCAGCAUUUUUUUUGUUGUUUAAAAAUGUUUCCCUAACAGUUAAAAGUUUAAGGCAACUCAGUACUUACCAGCAUUUUCAUUAUGUGGAAAAAGCAACUCGCUUUUGAAUACAUUUUUCCUACAUGCUUGAUUAUAUUUUGGCUUUAGUGGAUUUCCUAUUACAGACAUUUUUUAUA